UUUCUUUCCUUGGGGCUGAGUUUAACAACAACAUCGGAGACAACGCGUCACUCUUUUGGCAAAAGAGACGACAAUAUCAGUAAAACAGCCAUAUCCUUGAAGCAAAAAGUCUUUGCUUAUCGUUUAAUUUUAUCCGGGGACCAGCAAACCGGCGUUGAGUUCAGCAAAAUGGGCCGUAUCUUCUUGGACCACAUUGGCGGGACUCGCCUCUUCUCCUGUGCAAAUUGUGACACUAUUUUGACAAAUCGAGCUGAACUCAUCUCCACACGAUUCACUGGGGCCACGGGGCGAGCCUUCCUGUUCAACAAGGUGGUGAAUCUGCAGCACAGCGAGGUACAGGACCGGGUCAUGCUCACAGGGAGACACAUGGUGCGCGACGUCAGCUGCAAAAACUGCAACAGCAAACUAGGCUGGAUGUACGAGUUCGCCACAGAGGAGAGCCAGCGCUACAAAGAGGGUCGUGUCAUCCUGGAGAGGGCGCUAGUGAGGGAGAGCGAGGGCUUUGAGCAUGUCCCCACUGACAGUUCUUGAGAUGCUUGUGACGAUGUCAGUGGGUUAUAAAUAAUGCAGUGUUCAGUCCAUGCUUUCGCUACCAGAGCAAUGCAUGGGUCUAUACAGUGUGCUAGGGCUGCACGAUAUAACAAGUAGUGCAAUAAUAUGAGCUGAAUUUGAUAUUAUAGGAGAAAAGAGAAUCUUCAUUUCCACUAUGGGGAAAUGCCAAUAUUGUAAUACCGAUAUGACGGUAAUAUUUGGAUAUACUAUUUUCACAUAGUAACCCUUAAAGUAUCACUUAGGUUAAAGUUGAAAUGUAAAUCUCUGUAUUUACUUUUUCAAAUGGAGUUGCACAGACUUAAUGUAAAUGUGAGCUACAAUAAUAAAAUUUGUUUGGUCAGAAACCAGAAACAUGACAGAAACAUCGUUGUAAAUAUGUACAGUUGCUCAGAUUUAGGAUCAUAACAACAUUUUAACUAUUCCUUCACUGAAAGAUAUUGCGCAGCUCUAGAGUGCACCACACGGGUUUACUGCAACAAAAUAUUACAAGAGACAGACUGUUUUAUUGAGGGGUUUUGACCCAUUUCUUUUCCAAUUUUGUUGAGGCAAGUCUGUGUCUAAACUUUUAAUGUACUGUUACGUAUGUGGACGGGGGCACAGUCAAAAAAAAUAAUAACAUGUAUCUAGAUCCAUGUUGUGUAAGCAUGAAGAAGAGGAGCACAGCAGCCUGUUACAGUCAGGAGGCAAUGAGUAAUUAUAUAUUAUAAUAACAAUUUCCUUUAUUAUAUUGCUGUUCCUGAAUUAUUAUGUUUUGAUUUGUAAUUGUACCUAAUUUAUUUUGGAGAUCUGUCAUUUUUUUAUUGAUUAUCUUGUUUGCUUGCCUUUACUGUGAUUCUGUGUUUGUGUUCUGGCAUAAAUAAAGGUCAUACAAGAUAAGGGUAAGUGGGGAUAUUUAAAAAAGGCAUACAUCACUUAUAAUGAAUAAUAAAAAAGUUGGCCAUGAUCUA